AUGCUAACAGUACCAGACCGGAGUCAACGUCAGUCACUCCUAUCUCAGUUGUGCAAAGCUGCAGUGUGGCUAGUGACUACCGUGCGAAGUGCAUUUUGUGAGCCCCAACUGUUAAAUCGAAUUCGUCAAUCGGCCAACAAACCCGGUUCAAGUCAGUCCACAGAAGCCCAUAAACUGGCUCAAAGCUAUUUGGACUUUAUGAUCCAAAUGUUGAACUAUCGUCAGUAA